AUGCAAAGCUCGACAAGUACAGAUCAGCAUGUGCUGCAUCGCAUGGAUCCUCAUAGGUUUACGUCACAAAUACCCACUGCAACAUCGUCACAAUUGAGGAGAAGGAAGAGCACGAACCAAGGCUUAACGGAUAUGAUCAACAAGAGUAUUGCCAGAAACACGAUAGGUGGCACUGGCAUUCCUACAGGAGGCGUGAAUAAAAAGAGGAAAGCAAGAAGCACGGUCGCGGGAGGUUCAAAUGGAACGGCACUAGGCUUCAAUGAUAAAUCGAACAAUAGAAAUAGCAGCAGCAGAUUAUCAAUAAAUCAGCUCGGUAGCUUACAGCAACACCUAAGUAAUAGGGAUCCAAGACCGUUGAGAGACAAAAAUUUUCAAAGCGCUAUUCAGGAGGAGAUCUAUGAUUAUUUAAAAAGGAAUAAAUUCGAUAUUGAAACAAACCACCCCAUUUCAAUAAAGUUUUUAAAGCAGCCCACUCAGAAAGGGUUUAUAAUCAUCUUCAAAUGGUUAUACUCAAGACUUGAUCCAGGCUACGGCUUUACCAAGUCUAUUGAGAACGAGAUCUAUCAAAUUUUGAAGAAUCUACGUUAUCCGUUUCUGGAAUCUAUUAAUAAAUCACAAAUUUCCGCCGUAGGUGGCUCUAACUGGCAUAAAUUCUUAGGCAUGCUACAUUGGUUAGUACGAACGAAUAUCAAGUUGGAUAUGUGCUUGAAUCAAGUAGAUCGUUCAUUAAUUAAUCAGAAUACGCAAGAAAUAACAAUUUUGCAUCACUCUUUAAAAACUUUGGACGAACAGGACCAGAGACAGGAAAGGUAUGAACUCAUGGUGGAAAAACUAUUAAUUGAUUAUUUUACGGAGUCUUACAAAAGCUUUUUACAACUCGAGGAUAAUUAUGAACUUUCAAUGCAGGAGCUAAAACUAGGCUUUGAAAAAUUCGUUCACAUAAUUAAUGCUGAUAUAUCUAAUCUACAAGCUCAAAAUGAUACACUUUAUGAGAAAUAUCAAGAGGUUAUGAAAAUAAGCCAAAAGAUAAAAACUACAAGAGAAAAAUGGAAGGCACUAAGGAGCGAUUCCAAUAAAUACGAAAAUUAUGUUAACGCUAUGAAACAGAAAAGUCAAGAAUGGCCAAGUAAAUUAGAGAAGAUGAAAUCCGAGUGUGACGUGAAAAAAGAAGAAAUCAACGCUUUAGAAAAUAAUAUUGACGAAUUGCACAAAAUCUUAAGGAAAAAGGGAAUUUCAACUGAACAGUUUGAAUUACAAAACCAUGAAAGAGAAAAGUUGACAAAGGAACUGGACAAAAUAAAUCUUCAAUCUGAUAAACUGACAAGUUCAAUUAAGUCUAGAAAACUAGAAGCCGAGGGAAUAUUCAAAAGCUUAUUGGACACAUUAAGACAAUACGAUAUAUCGAUACAAAACUUAGUCAGAUCGCGCACUCAACUUGGCCACAAGGUUGAUGACUCAUUCUUAAAAAUCGAUAUUCCAGAGAAUCUAUUGGAUCGAGAGUUUGAUGAGGGCAUUGCAUACCACCAACUAUUUCCAAAAGGAUCUGGAAUCAACGAGUUUAUCAAAAGUUAUAUUCUAAAAUUAAAUGACGAUAUUCAAGAACGAAUCAAAACCAUUGAGAAAGAUAAUAUAACAUUAGAAAAAGAUAUCAAAAACCUAAAAAACGAUAUAAAUGAGAAAACACAAGUUAAUGAAAAACUUGAAUUGGAGUUAUCUGAAGCAAAUUCUAAAUUUGAACUCUCUAAACAAGAGAAUGAACGACUACUAGUAGCACAGAGAAUUGAAAUCGAAAAAAUGGAGAAGAAAAUCAAUGAUUCAAAUAUAUUAAUGAAAAGCAAAAUUUCUGAUGCUGAGGAAUUAGUGACUUCAACAGAACUGAAACUAGAAGAAUUGAAAGUGAACUUAAAUAGGAAACGAUACAAACUGCAUCAACAAGUGAUACAUGUUAUUGAUGUAACAAGUAAAUUUAAAAUUAAUAUUCAAUCAUCAUUGGAGAAUUCCGAAAAUAACUUAGGGAACGUCAUCGAAGAGUUACGAAAUUUGGAGUUUAAUACUGAACAUAGCAGAACAAAGGAAUAA